AUGAGAUCAAAUGUCAAAGACCUGAAGGAAAUGGUUAAUAAGUCUAGAGGAGUCAUCGAUAAACGCUUCUCUGAAGUUGAAGUUGAUGAGGUAGUAGAUUUGGAUGAAUCGGGACUUGAUACCACGAACCAAUCAAGCAAAUAUAACAAUAGUUCAACACUCAUAAAGCAAUCAGCAACACUCAAGAAUCCCAGAGCUAAUGGCACAUCAUCUGCUUAAGUCAAUAAUAGCGAAAUUCAAAAUAAAUUCAAGAAGCUGCAAGAGUUAUCAACUAAUGACAAGGAAGUUAUUGAGGCAUUGUAGAAGAAAUUGUAAACGAUAAAAUUAGACCAUGAAGCAUUGCAAUAAAAAUACUCUGCCUUGUAACGCAACUACGAAGGUGUUUCUAGCUAUGCAGCUAGUGAUAAGGCAGAGCAUACCAAACUCAGGACAAUGCGAGAGAUGGCUGAAAAAGAAGCAGCUGAGCUCAAGAAAAAGAACUAUGAAUUGGAGGAGAGUAAUAAGCAAUUGAAAAAUACCGUGGAAUAGCUAAACAUGCAGAUUAAUGAUUACAAGAACAAAAUGGACUAAAAAAUUAGAGAGCUAGAAAAACUAAAGGAUGAAGCCAAGAAAAAAGAUAAGACCUUUGAAGACAAACUUAACCUUGUGAAUUAGAGCAAUAAGUAGCUUAAUGAACAGAAUACUAAAAUGAAGAGUGACUUGAAAAAACUUCAAGAAGAGAACAAUGAACUUAAAGAGUAAGUAGACAGCUUGACUCGCCAAGUUGCCUCAGCCAAUGAAAACUCCAACAUUAUAGAAAUCUUCAGACAAAAGGAAGAGGACUUUGAGAAUCAGAUCUUGUAAUUACAGUCAAAACUAAGAAUAUCAGAUGAAGAUCUACACAACAGAAUAAUUGAAAAUGAGGAGCUACUCCAAAUCAGCAAAAAGCUGGAUGCUAUGAACAACCAAAAUGAAUCUAAAUUAAAGGAAGUGUAAUAGAUCAGUAAGGAAUAGGAAAAGUUAAUUACUGAGCUUCAACUUAAGGUGCAGGAUCUUAAGGCUAGUCUGAAAAUUGAAUAGGAAAAUUCGCAUAGGACAAAGUAAGAAAGGGAUCAGUUCGAAAAGGAUUACCAAUAGGCUUAGAGUGAAAUUGAUGAUUUGAUGAAAAACUCCUCUCAAAGUUCUGAUAUGCUUUCUUAGAGAGUAAAGGAAAUGGAGAUUGAGAAGAAAGCAUUAAAAGCAAAGAUUGAUUAGCUAGAUGGUGACGUCUAUAAACUAAACAGAGACAAAGCUGAUAUACAAUAAGCAAGAGAUAAAGCUUACGAUUAGGUUGAUACUUACAAGUAAAAGUUAUCUGAUCUUUAAAAAGAGCUGGAUUAGUUUAAGGAAUCAAACUCAAAUUUACAGCUUCAACUUCAAUAAUAAAAGCAAUCGUUUUCAUAGAAAGAUAAGGAGCAGGAUGCACUCUACUAAGAGUUGAAGCAAUUUAAGGAUUAAAUAGAGUAAAUGAUGAAAAAGUAGACUACUCUAGAGAGGGACCUUUAGGCCAAUCAAAAGCAAGCAGAGAGGUUAGUAAUUGUUAAAAAGGGUAUAAUGGAUGCUAUUGCAAAAAUGAAGAAGAGUUUUGAGAGCAUUGAUACGACACUGUCCUGUCUUAGUUGUUUGGAAUUCCUAAAUGAUCCUUUGACUCUCGUUUGCGGCCAUUCCAUUUGCUAAAAGUGCUUCAAUACACAUUCAGAUCCCAAAAGCAAAGAUUCGCUAGUGUUUUGUGAAGAAUGCAAAAUAGAGACUAAAAACAAAAACCUGAGAGAGAGCAAAGUCAUCAAGACUAUCUGCGAUAAAUUCUUGUUCACUAAAGGCUGCAUCGAGGAAGUCAAAAUCCUUGUAUAGUGA